AUGGCAAGCGGUAAGAAGCGCAAACGUGUCACACUUUCAAUUGACACAAAACUAGAAAUAUUAAAAAAACUCGACAGUGGUAUUAGUCUUAGCAACAUUGCAGUAGAAUAUGGUAUUGGGAAAUCAACCAUCACCGAUAUUCGGAAAAGCCAGGAAAAAAUAAAGCAAUUUGCAAAAGAAGCCAAAGACAAUGGAACAGUAAAAAGUAGGUGUAUUGUACGCAAAGCUGCCGAUGAUGCUUUUGACAAAGCCAUGCAUCUGUGGUUCGCACAAGAGAGAUCAAAAGGCACUCCUAUAAGUGGUGUGAUGGUUACAGAAAAGGCAAAGUUACUCUACCGAGAAAUGUACCCAGACAAAGAUGAGAACCAUUUUAAAGCAAGUACAGGGUGGCUCUGUCGGUUCAAAAAUCGUCAUGGGAUACGGCAGUUAAGGAUGCAAGAAGAGUUUUUGACAACUGACUGGAAUGCUGCUGGUGUAUUUAAAAACAUUUUCAAAUCGUUUAUUGAACAACAUGAGCUUACCCGGGACCAAGUUUUUAACUGCAACGAGACAGGCCUGUACUGGCGCCAGCUUCCAAACAAAACUCUGGCAGACAGUUCAGAAGAACACGCGAAGAAUUUCAAAUCUUAUAAAGAUCGGGUCACCCUGAUGGUUACUGCUAAUGCAAGUGGGGAUUUCCGUCUCCCAUUGGUGUUCAUUCACAAAAGUGCAAAACCUCGCUGCUUUGCAAAUGUCAUUAUGUCAGCUCUACCUGUCCAUUACUACAGCCAGCGCAAUGCUUGGAUGGAUAAAGGCAUUUUCUCCGACUGGUUUUUUAAAAACUUUGUUCCGCUUGUGAAAAACUACCUUACGUCAAAAUCGUUACCUAUCCGAGCUGUGCUAUUGAUGGAUAAUGCUCCAUCUCACCCUGCCAUUGAAAAUCUAUUGACGGAAGAUGGAAGUAUUCGGUGUUUGUUUUUGCCACGGAAUGUCACCAGCCUCACUCAGCCAAUGGAUGGAAGCAUUCUGGAAAACAUGAAACAUCGAUACAAGCGAAACCUCUUACGGCGAGUAUUACUGGGAUCGAUGCAAUUUGAAUCUUACACAGAUUUUUGUAAACAGCUGACAAUCAAAGAUGCUGUCUACAUGUGUGCUGAGGCCUGGAGUGAGAUUGGCUCUCAGUCUUUGAGAUCCUCGUGGAAUACACUUUGGCAAUGUAUUGAUAACACUGAACCAGAUAAAUUGGAAAACAAUGACCAGAAGGAAAUAAAUCAACUGGAUUUUUCUGAAGAGCGACAACUUUUGGAUAUCACCAUGGAGGAACUGGAGGACUGGCUAAAUGCAGAUAAAUAUGAGAACGGACACCCUAUUCUUAGCGACCAUGAGAUAAUUGAAUUGGUAAGAGAAACAGCACAACCAGACAGUGACAGUGACAAGGAGGGAGAGACCGCCAAGAGAGUCCCACACAUGCAAGCAGAAGAGUGUUUCAUGGCUGGAGCCACAGCCUGA